AUGGAUUCGCAUGAAAAAUCUGCAGUGCAAUACUGUUCGGUAUCAAACAGAAACCGUAGCCCGAUACCUGCCGAACAGUACAUUGGGUUCACGGAUGUAUUCUACAGAUGCUUCGAUCGGGACUUGGAUGGACUUUUGCUCCCCGGAGAGGACGGAGCUGACUUUUGGGGACAACUUGGAACUUUUAUGAAGGCUAUCACGGGAAUGUUCAGAUCUUAG